AUGUUCAGGUCCAAACGCUCAGGGCUGGUGCGGCGACUUUGGAGGAGCCGCGUCAUUCCGGACAGGGACGGCGGAGAUGGGAGCGGCGAGGCGGCGCCGCGCGGGGACCCCAUGGCGGAGCGGCGCGGGGCCCGGCUCCGCGCCCCCGGCUCCGCGCCGGAGAGCGACGGCCGGACCGUGACCUGCUGCCUCUUCUCGGAGCGGGAGCCGGGCGGACCCCAGCCUCCCCCUACCGCCGCCGCCCCCGGCCCCGACGGCGCGGCCGACGGCGGCUCCCCGGAGCGGCGGGGCCGGGAGGCGCGGGCGCGGCUUCUGCUGCUGGAGCAGGAGCUGAAGGCCGUCACCUACUCGCUGCUGAAGCGGCUGAAGGAGCGCUCGCUGGACAGCCUGCUGGAGGCGGUGGAGUCCCGCGGGGGGAUGCCCGGCGGCUGCGUCCUGGUGGCCCGCACCGAGGUGCGCCUGGGGGGCCUGGCGGCGCCCCCGCACCUCCUCCUGGGCAAGCUGUUCCGCUGGCCCGACCUGCAGCACCCCGCCGAGCUGAAGCCCCUCUGCGAGUGCCAGAGCUUCGGCGUCGCCGACGGACCCACGGUCUGCUGCAACCCCUACCACUUCAGCCGCCUCUGUGGGCCAGAGUCUCCACCACCUCCCUACUCUCGGCUGUCUCCUAACGAUGAGCAAAAGCCACUGGAUCUAUCAGAUUCCACGUUGUCUUACACUGAAACAGAGGCUACAAACUCUCCCAACGUCACGCCCGGAGAUUUCUCAGACGCCAGCACGUCGCCCAAUGCCGUGAAGAGGAGCCAUUGGUGCAACGUGGCCUACUGGGAGCACCGGACACGCGUGGGCCGCCUGUACACAGUGUACGAACAGUCUGUCAGUAUCUUCUACGACCUACCUCAAGGAAACGGCUUCUGCCUCGGACAGCUCAACCUGGACAACAGGAGCGAGACUGUGAGAAGGACUCGAAGUAAAAUCGGCUACGGGAUUUUACUGAGCAAGGAACCGGACGGGGUGUGGGCCUACAACCGCAGCGAGCAUCCCAUCUUCGUCAACUCGCCGACACUGGACAUCCCCAACUGUAGGACUCUGAUUGUACGUAAGGUGAUGCCGGGCUACUCCAUCAAGGUGUUUGACUACGAGAAGUCGUGCCUGCUGCAGCACACGGCAGAGCUGGAUUAUGCAGACGGGCCCUACGAUCCCAACAGCGUCCGCAUCAGUUUCGCCAAGGGUUGGGGGCCGUGUUAUUCCAGACAGUUCAUCACGUCGUGUCCUUGUUGGCUGGAGAUCCUACUCAGCAACAAUCGAUAAGCAGGAGAAAGGAAAAAAAAAAACGACAAUAAAAAAAAAAAACAACAAACCCACACACA